AUGGCCAAGUCAGCCGAGCCCUACGACCUUGAAGAGCUUCCUGAAGCUAUUGCGACGAUAUUCGACCAAGUCCAGCUGUCACUCGCCAACCAUAAGAAGAAUUGCGUCGCGCUUUACAAGCUACAUCUUCGCGCCGCGACGGUGACCAAGACGGUUCAGAAGAAGAAUGGAACGACGAGCACGAAAUAUGUAGGAGAAAAGGCGUUUGCGGAUACCUUUUUGGAUAUGGUGAAUCGUGUUUUGGUCAUCAAGAAAGGCCCUCCCGCUGCAGAUCGUAUAGUCAAAUUUGUUGGGUCAUAUGUUGAAUAUCUAAAUGAAAAAGUUAUGCAAGAACAAGCAAAGGGAGAAUCCGAGGAGGCCGACGAUACAACUACUUCCCGGUUUAUAGCCAGAAUACUCGGCUGGCUUUUGGAGGGUUUCUCAGCAAAGAACAAGAUCGUCCGCUUCAGAUGUCUCCAUGUCGUCUCUGAACUGAUAUCCCACAUUGGAGAAAUAGACGAAGACACAUACUCAUUACUCCGCGAAGGCCUCAUUGAACGUCUAAGCGACAAAGAAACAAUCAUCCGCGCAAACGCUGCGGCCGCACUCUCCAAACUCGUCGGCAGCGAAGACCCAGACGAGAUCGAAACGGGAGAACAAUCCGUCCUCGACAUCCUCCUCGACGUCCUCGCUUCAGAUCCCACGGCUGAAGUCCGACGAGCAGCUUUACUCAAUGUUCCGUUAACCUCUGCAACCAUCGACGCUGUCCUCUUGCGAACACGGGAUGUGGACACCAUUACGCGGAAAAUCAUGUACACCGCGGUACUCCCUAAACUCGGACACCCGCGGCAGCUGACCCUCGUACAACGGGAGCAGGUUAUCAAAGAUGGACUGGGAGACCGGGAGCCUGGCGUGCGCGUAGCCGCAGGCAAAUUGCUCGCCAAGUGGUUUGAUAUUGUGCAAGCGGAAUCGAGCGCUGAGGAGGAGCAAGACCCUGAGGCUUGGGUAGGCGAUGACGGGGGUCUUAUGAAGGCGUUUAUCAAGUUCAUGGGACUGUUCGACGUUAUUGGGUCUGGAGAGGCUAUCGCUGUGGAUGCUGUUACCUGCAUCUUUGUAACGCGACCGGAUAUUCCGGAUGCAUUUGUGUUCCCAGACCUAUACUGGCGACAGUUAACCCCAGAAUCAGCAGUCAUAGCCCGGGUCUUUGUCGAACACUGCAUAAAAACCAACAACGAAACCCGGCUCGAGAGCGCUUCGCUCCCCGUCGUGACGGCCUUUGCAUUCCACAUCCAAGAAGCGUACAACCGCCUUCUCAGUGCCCUCGAGCAACUCGAUGCCGCCCGCCUAGUCCAGACGAGUGUGGAUGACGACCACGAGGAGCUCGAAGAGGAGCUGGCGAAACGCGAAGUUGUCCUUGGCGAGCUGUUGAGGAUGGCGCUGAAGUUGGAUUAUAUGGAUGAGAUUGGUAGGAGGAAGGUUUUUACUGUUGUUAAGGAUAUGUUGGCCCAUCCUCAACUUCCGCCUGGGCUGAUUGAGCGAUGCGUGGAUGUGCUGAAGGAGAUUAUGCCCUCUGAGCGAGACCUCAUCCGAGUCGUUGUCGAGAUCAUCGUCGAACUGCGAGAAAGCGAGGAUAUCGAAGAGACAGAGAACCUCCUUGAGAGCCUUGACGACGACCCAGACCAAUCGGUUGCAACUGAAAACGCGAGCGCGGUGAAUCGUUCGGUUCGGAGACCGCGAGAUAGGGAGGCGAUGUCUGCUGAAGCACGGCGUGAGGCGGAUAUCACGGAUAUUCGGUGUCUUAUGCUUUGUAUUGCUGUGUUGGAGAGGAGCUUUGAAGAUAACUCGACGCUUGAAGGUAUCCUCGCGGAUCUCAUCAUCCCGUCUGUGAAGCGGAAAGAGCUGGCCAUGCGGGAGAAAGCUCUUGUCAGUCUGGGAUUGUGUUGUUUGCUUGCCAAGCUCUUCCUCGGUCAAGUCGAGAACGCGCCUCCGGAACUCAAACUUCAAGUCCUCCGCGUCAUUCUGGACUUGUUGAUCAUGUAUGAUACGGAGUUUUUUAAGAAUUCUGGGGAUAUUGCACAACAAGUGACUACUUUCCUAGUCCAAACGCUUCAGACGGAAGAGUUGCCCCAGGCUCAAGCUGUGCUUUGUACGGGGAUUUGCAAGUUGUUGUUGGCGGGUAUUAUCACGGAUACUACUGUUCUGGAAUCGCUCGCACUGUUGUACAUCUCCCCCACCACGGUCGACAACCAAGAACUGCGCCAAUGCCUCUCGUACUUCUUCCCUGCGUACUCGUAUGCGACAUAUGCGAAUCAACUGCGGAUGCAAUCGAUGUUCCUGUCGGCGUACGACCAUGCUAAACGCCUACACGAAGAACUGGAUGAUGACCAGGAUAUGAUCAGUCCUGCGGACUUUGGGCUGAUGUUUGUGGAUUGGUCUGAUCCUACCAAGGCUGUUCAUAUUGCCGACGCUGAGCUCUCCGAAUCCGAGAAUGCUCAUAUCGACCUUGGGAUUCAGGUGUUGAGCGCGUUGUAUGAUGAGGAACGGACAGAUGACGACAAGAAGGCGUUCUGCCAGGUGUUGACGCACCUUGUUCUACCGGCCACUAUCGAGACGAAAGCGGUGCAUAAAUUGGAUUUGUUGAUUUCGAAUCAGGAGGAUCACUGCCCGUUCGAAAACCCCUCCCUCGACAAACUCUUUGCCCGGUUCAAGAAAUCGUUUUAUGGCACGUUCCAAGAGCGGAUAAAGGAAAUUGAUGCGAGGGAGUAUGCGGAGGAUGAGGAUGUUGUGAAGGUUUAUAAGGAGAUUGGGGUGAAGCCGCCGGUUGUUGAUGAGGAGUUUAGGGCGGGGAGGGAGGAGAGGAGUGUUGCGAGGCUUCUGGCGAGGGAGGAGGGGCUUAAGGCAGGGGAGAAGGAGGAGGGGGAGAAGGAGAGGGAGAGGGAGAGGGAGAAACGGGAGGAGAAGGAGGAGAGGGAAGAAGAGCAGGAAGAUGAAGUGGUUUCUGCUGCUCCUUCUACUACUGCUGCUCCCUCCGAACAGGAGGAUGAGGAACGUGAAGUUGAAGAGGAGGUGGAGGCGGAGGCGGAGGAGGCUGAGAUGAAUGGACCUUCGCGUGUUGAGUCGGAGAAGGAGGAAUCGAUGGAGCCGGAACCUCAACCGGAGCCAGAGGCGGAGGUGGAGGUGGAACGACCGUCGACGCCACCGCCUAGUAAGGGUACCAAGCGGGUGCAUAACACGCCUGGGACGACGCGUGAUGAUAGGAAGCGGACGCGUACGACGAGGGGAGCUGCGACUCGGAAAGUAAAAGAGGAAAAGGAGGAGGAGGAAGUUGAGCCUGCGAGGGACCCGUCGCCGACGCCCAAGGCGACUCGGACGAGGGGUGCAAGAGCUAAAGCUGCCUCUGCUGCGACUGCGGCGGCGACUGCUUCCAAGAAAGCGCCUGCUACCAAGGCUACGACGAGGACAUCGAGGGCUUCGGCUCAGAAGGCCUCUACUCAAAAGACUUCAACUGCUUCAACUCAAAAGACCUCCACUGCUUCAGGGCAGAAGACCAAAGCUGCGACGACUACACGGACGAGUGGACGAACGAGUGGGAGGCGGAAGGUUGUUGUGAAGGAGCCUACGCCUGUUGAGAGUGAUGAGGAGAAGGAGAAUAAUGUGGAUAGUGAGAUGGAGGGGGUUGAGUCUGGGGAGGAGUGAGGGUUGUGACUAGGCGGGGGUUGGUGAUUGUUGGAGGGAGUUGGAAGUGAAGGUGUUGUUUGAACUGUGAUCUGGAUGGGGUAUCUGUUCUACGCAGCCUGUAUAUGGUAUCUGUUUUUAAGUCUGCCUGUGAUAUAUGUUUAUUCAAGUCUAGUCUUUUUCUUUUUUAUCUGUAUAUGCGGUGUCUGAUAUAGACUUGUACAAUCGUAGUCUUUUGACUGAUUUUGUG